AGAGUGAAUUGGUAUUUAAAAGAGUGCGUGAGAGUGAGGCAGAGAAGAGAGAAGAGAGAAGAGAGAACAGAGAAAGAGGCGGCGAAACAAUGGCGAUGGAUCCAGACGCACUGGCAAGGGCAUUCGUUGAACAUUACUACUCAACCUUCGACGCAAAUCGUGCUUCUCUCGCUAAUCUCUAUCAAGAAGGUUCAAUGCUUUCAUUCGAAGGUCAAAAGAUUCAAGGCUCUCACAACAUCGUCGCCAAACUCACCUCUCUUCCCUUCCAACAGUGUCAACACUCCAUCACCACCGUCGAUUCCCAACCCUCCGGCGUCAACGGCGGCAUGCUUGUCUUCGUUAGCGGCAACCUCCAACUCGCCGGCGAACAGCAUGCCCUCAAGUUCAGCCAGAUGUUCCAUUUGAUACCAACGCCACAGGGAAGCUAUUAUGUGUUGAAUGACAUAUUCCGUUUGAACUAUGCUUGAAGAAAUGGAAAUAGAAGUUUGCCUACAGCUGUUUUACUUCAGACAUUUGAAAUUGAAAAUGAGUUCUUUUUGGUUCGUGUUGGACGCAUAAUUGUGCCUCUUGUGUUUAGCAUUUUCUGUUGUGAUUGGUCAAAACGCUUGCAAGGAUAAAUUGUUCAAGAUCCAUGCAUAUUGUUGGUUGAAAACUCUAAUAUAUUUGCUCCGAAUGUCCCGUACAAAUUUAUUACUUAGAAUUUGUUUAUGCAUGUCUUCUCAUUUAUAUAUUUUGUAUUUGAUUUGAUUGCCAAAACUAAAUGUUGGUUCUCAUCAUUCAG